GGAGGGCUUAAACCAAACAUUUUAUUACUCUGCUUAACAGUGCCUUCCCAAAAUUUUACGUGGCCUAAAGCCUGUCAGAAAAUGUGGCCUUCUAAUGUAACUUUUAUCUAAAAUUAUUAAAAACAAUGGUAGUAGUAAUAUUCGAACCCCAAAUAUAGAAGUUGUACUUCACUUGUUUAACUAUUUCAUCUACAAACAACUUCAUAAAUUGUGGCCUAUAAUUUACUUUAUAUUAUGUGGCCUAAAGCUAAUGCUUCAUGUGCCUUAGUAGAGGGACGGGCCUGUGCUUAAACUAAAUAGGUUGGUGCUUGAAAUUUUUUAAUUAUGAAUAUAAUUGCGGAAAAUAUGAAAUGAAAAUUAUCAGUUAUCAUACCACAAUUUUCUUUUAAUAUUAAUUAUAUAAUAUCAGUGCGAUAAAUGUUUUUAUGCAGGAUUCGCUAAUAACUGAUUUCUAAAUAUUUAUAAGAUCUUAGUCAAAAAAAAGUUAUUUAUAAGAUGUUCUUGUUUUCCUCCUAUGAUUUAUUGGAGUAUCCCUUGGCGCGAUUGAUCGUACUCAUAAAAUACGUACGUGGGGAUAUAACUGAUGCAUGGAAGCAUUUCCCAAAGAGAAUCGAAUCUCUUUUAUUUUUGUGUUCGUCAGUCUUUUCUUUACCAUUCCCCGAGACAAUGUGGUGGGUUUACUAAUUAUAUGAAUCUUAUAUAUUUUCCUACAUUAUGUAGUUCGUACUUCUUUUAAUCCCCACUAUUUUUUUUUCCAAUUUCGAGUUAGCUUCUAUGCGGACUUAUGGAUAAGGCGUUAGCCUCGAAUACAAUACAAUUGUACAAAGGAUUAACUUUAAUCCACAUUACUAAACGCUUUGAAGUAGUAUACAUAAACAUCAUACAGUAUAGACAAGAUAAUUAAAUAACUCAUGGUUUAGUGAAGUACAAACAAAACUAUAUUACAAUAUAGUGCGAGUAGAUACAUAUAGAAGAUUAUUAUACAUCAAUGUUUAGGAUUUACACUUUCAUUUAGAAAAGUUUUACCUACAACAUAUGGUUUAUUGCCAGAAGCUUAAUAUACUUCCAAUAUCAGUUUGAGUGUGAUGCAAAAUAUAUAUGCUUCACCUUUUUUGAACGAAUCAUAUUGAACUUUGUGGCCCGAGUAGCCAGGGUCUAGUUCUAGUUUUUAUAUGGACGAAACCUAGUGCAUAACCACUUGGACUAGAAGCUCAUGUUGGUUUACCAUUUAAUAUUAUAGUUUUUUGUAGAAGGGAUAAAUUUGAAUUAUCUUUUUUGGAAGGUAUCACCAAAAAUCGGUAUAUAGAUGUCAUAGUGUCACAACGAAAAAAGUGGUAAAUAUUUUUCACUCGUGUCUUAAAAGUUAAAAAUCUAUAAGUUUUAGCGUUUCAUGAUAUUUUGAGAAUUUAUAUUAAAGUCAUUAAUCGAUCGUGGUAUUCCACAUACACCUGGUUUUUGUCUUAUUAUCUCCCAGCUGACCUCACUUUUGAGAGACAUAUUUACUUUGUAAAAAUAAGAGACUUUUCUUAUUUCAAAACUGGUGAAAUUUUAAAGUUAUGAUACACAGAGGAAAAGGUGAAAUGACGGUAAAUAAAGCCGAUUUUGGUGUAGCAUAAGGAUUAAGGCAUAAGCGAUAAUGUCUAGGUUAAUAUAUGAAACUGUGUCGUAUAAUCGACAAAUUCAAAUGACACAGUCACAAAAAUGGUCGAAUUCAAACAUUGAAGAAGACAAUAUAUACGUUCCAAUGCAAUGAUUCUUGUUUUCCUUUUAAAAAUUAAAUAUAUAUAUAUAUAUAUAUAUAUAUAUAUAUAUAUAUAUAUAUAUAUAUAUAUAUAUAUAUAUAUUUGAUGUUGUUUUCUUGGGUUUUGGCUGAGAAUCGCGAACACGUUCUGAUGGGAUACACGAGUAACUCGAUACUGCUAGAAAAAAAAUGGAGAUAACACUUACUGAAAAUACUAGAAGUAAAUAUUCUUUUAAUGUUUAAUUUCCGCGGUUUAUAUAUGGAAGCAAUACGUUCUUGAAACUGUUGCCAUGCAACUUUUGCUUUAGAUUUUUCUUUUCUUCUUGAGGCAUCCUUUUUACUACUGACACACGCACGAGACCUUAUUAUCCACCCAUGGUCAUGAACCUAGUUGAAUCGGCGGAUUUUAAGAAAGUUACGCAAUUUGGAUUAUCAACAUAAGUUUCAAACAUGUUUUCGAUUGUUUACAACUCAUACACGCAGUAUAUGAUCAGAGUCGUGCCUAAGGCAUACAAAAUGAGGCAAUUGCCUUAGGCCCCCUCCAAAACUGUUAAAUUUAGGGCCCCUUUUUUCCCUAGUACUUAGUUUAAUUAUUUAUAUUAAUUUCAUUUAAUUUUAUAAUUUAGUUAAUUGUUAUAUCACAUGGUAGUUUGUACAUUGAAUUAGGAUUCUUGAAUUUGCAACGGUAAUAUUAUCUAUUUAUACUAUGAAUUAAAGAUAUAAAUUUAUAAAUAGAUAUAUAGUUUUAUUUUUCAUGGUUGUAAAUAAAUAUAAAUAUCUACUAUAUUAUAAAUAUCUUAUUUUUAUUUUCAAUAUAUAUAUAUUAUAUUCUAUAAUUAUAAAAUUCUAAAUUUUUGGUACAAAUAUAAAAGCUUGUAUAAUUUUAUUUUAUUAAUAAUUUUUGUAAAAAAAUUUAAACCUAGAUAAAAUUAUAUUAUUUGCCUCGGGCCCUCACGGUCCUUCGCACGGCACUGUAUAUGAUGCAAACUACAUAUAUAGUCAGUGCCGUGCGAGGAAUUUUGGGGGCUCAAGGCAAAUUUUAAAAAUAUUUUUUUUACAAUGGUUAUUAGAAAAUAUAAAUUUUAGUUGUGAUAGAAACAAUUUUAAAUUUGUAAUUUAAAAGUAUAGGUUAAAAUUAUAAGUAGAAAACUGCUUUUUUAGAGAAAGUUAAAAUAAUAAUUUGGUAUUUUAGAAAGAGAAAAAAUAAUCAUUAGAAUACAAAUGAUAAAAUAAUAAAAAUAAAAUUGACACUAACAAAAUAUUGAAUAAAAUAAUGGUAGAUAAAGUAUACAACAUUUUGUCGUUUAAAAAAUGAUGAUAGAUAAAAAUAUAUAUGUUAAAACGUAUCAUUUAUUUUUUUUAUGAACUCUUUCAUCAAACUAUCAUACUGUAUAAAUAAAAAUACAAACAACUAAUUUUUGAUAAGAAAAAAAUUGGAUUAUAGUAAAUAACAAAAAAAAAUGAAAAUGAGAACUGUGAGUUAGAUCCUGUCAGUUCUUCAAUUAUUAUUUUUUUGCAUUUUUAACACAUAUUGAAAUUGAUUAGAAUAAAAGAAUUCAUCAAAAACAAAAGUCAAGUUCAGAAUCAGAAUCAGGUGAAAAUCUACCUUCUUUUUUUGUUUGGUCAAAUGGUGAAAAUCUACCUAAAUCUAUAUAUUUAGCUCUACAGAAUAAUUUUAUGAAAUUAGGGACCCUAAAAAUUAUACAUUUUUUGGGGGCCUAAGGCAGAAGCCUUUUUCAAACAAUGGUAAGCACGCCUCUGUGUAUAGUCAUCAAUUUAAAAACAAUUGGGUGUCUAAAAAUGAGUAUAAUAUUGAUGUAUAUGAUAAUACACAUCUGACAACUAUGUGAAUAUUGAUUUUAUCACUAUAUAUGUAAUAACUUUUGUGAAGCACAAGCAUAAUAAAACGGCUGAUAUUGGAAGCUUUAAACUAGUGGGGUCUUAAAUUGAUAUUUUAAAGUCCUCGAUAUGUAUGGAUAAUCUUUUGUUUCUUUUGGGAAAACGUAGUUUACGGAGAAACCCAACGCUAAAGGAAAUGCAUUAAAGCUGAAACAAAAAUAAGAAAGUUAAAACCAUUUGAAACCCUAUUUUCACUUCAAAAUAUGUUCCCGGUUGAUAAAGAACCUUUUGCUUUGCCGAUGUAUAUAUAUAUGGGGACAUAUCACACUUAUACGCUCUAACACCAAAAUAUCACUUCUACUCUCCUUACUGUUUUCAGCUAACAUCCCCAGAAGAAGAUGAAUAGGCCAGGAGACUGGAACUGCCUAUCGUGUAGCCACCUCAACUUCCAAAGAAGGGAGUCAUGCCAACGAUGCAGAGAGCCCAGACCGAGAAGCAUUACCGACUUAGUCAGCGGUUUCGCAAGCCGCCCGAUCAGCAACGCUUUUGCUUUCAAUACCGGGCCUGACGUGAGACCCGGUGAUUGGUACUGCAACCUUGGAAAUUGCGGGACUCACAAUUUUGCAAGCAGGUCCAGCUGUUUCAAGUGUGGUGCCGCAAAAGAUGAGUCUUCACGCUCGGCUGCCGCUCUAGCCACCGGGUUUAUGGACUUGAGUGAUGGUCCAAGACGUGGCCUUUUUGGAUUUGGUAGCACUAGUAGUGGUGGUGGCGGAGGCAUGGGCCGCUCUUCUUGGAAAUCUGGAGAUUGGAUUUGCCCCAGGUCAGGCUGCAAUGAACAUAACUUCGCAAGCAGAUCAGAGUGUUUCAGGUGCAACGCCCCCAAGGAACCUGCCCCCAAUCCUCCCUACUAGACCUAACUUUCUUCAUCAUCUUGAUCACGCUGCACUAGAAGAGAUAAAACUACUGAAGAAUGGAAGCAAGAUAACGACCCUGUUUGUCGUCAUUUGUUUUUUUUUCUUGCUUUGACUCGUUUCGUAUUUCGUAGGACCUUUGUCUGGUUAUGUUUAGACUGUAAGCUAGUAAAAAAAAAUCGGAAGUUCUUUGUUCUGACUUCUGAUAUCGAUCUUCCUACUAUGUACGUUUAUUUUAAUUAAUGCAUCCUUAUUUUUGAUAAACUGUUACUCUCUUAUCCCUCAA